GCAGGCUAUUCGGCUGCGAGCAGGCUAUUCGGCUGCGAGCUGCGAGCAGGCUAUUCGGCUGCGGUACAGCAAAGUCAAAUCCAAUGAUCAUGGUUCUCACAGGGGAAGUGAAAUUAUAGGCUUCAAUGACUUUGCUAAUGAUGCACGCCCAAAUGACAAGUAACACCACCCUGAGCGUAUCGGACAUGAAACACCAAUACAAAUGUAACAACAGAAUAAAUAAACAGGUUCCUUGAAUUUUCGUGGCUGCCUUUUCAUUAUAGCAUCGACACUUGUGUUUUUUAGCUGCACCAAUCAAAGCAUUGGAGCGUGUAGUGAAGCACAACUUUAGUGGUCAAAACCAUUUAUCUCGGGGGAGCGGGGUUGCAAAAUGCAAUCAUAUCACGCAGUUAUAACAUUUCUAAAAUGGUCAGAUAGUUUUUUUUAAUACAAAAUAGAUACAUGUGUGUUAAUUUAUCAAUGGAUUAUGAUAAUUUUCUGUUAAACUGUUUGGCUCAGCUCAGUCGCAACUCGCGGAUUGGUCGAAUUUUGCAGGUGUUUCUAAUUAAUAAACAAUGCCAUGCUGGUCGGUGGUAACGUUCAAAUAAAACCCAGGCCUGAAAAGAAACAUAUCCUGAAAAUAAUUUGCAUAUCAUCUCAUAGGAAAGACACAGAAUUGUCACGGAUUUCCACGAAUGCCCCACUUCAGAUGUUCUUUUUCAAGCCCAAAUAUGUCAUACUUUGACAAAAAUGAGGACCUAUUGACGUAAAUCGUUGUACAACAUCAUGUCAGUAGACAUGGAGGAUGGGAAGCCUGAUCUGCUGCUAGUCAAAGAGGAGACAAUAGAAGAUGGACCAGAGAGCAUUGACCUGCUGAGUGGACUUAAGAUGGGGGAGCAAGGUGGUUGGCUGGAGACUAACAGAGGAGACUGGGAGGCCAUCUUGGAUUCCCAGAACGGUGAAGCCAAGGGCCUGGGGGACGACAUCACUGAGAAGGCCAGGACCAGAGGCGACAUAGUCGAGUCUGCAGUCCAUGAGGACCUACUGAUAUCCGGUGUUGCUGGAAGGAGAGACUGGACCUCUGAAUUGGCUGGUCAGAAACCCUGGCUCAGGAGCCAUCGCUCUUCGUUCCUGAGUCACAACCAGGACCGAACUACGAGGGACAGAGACUCCACCACACAGAACACAACCAGUAAACAGGCGGGCUGAACAGCCUCAGUCCUGGUGGUCAUCAGAGAGACAGAGGCUCCAGUCAGGGAUCCAGUCUGCAGCCCAGACCCUUCUCUUUACAGUCUCAGUGCAGGGAUGAUACAGGGCCUGGGGCUGAUAGAGAUUGACCCUCCUGUUCCUAUGGUACAAACACCACAGUAUCCAUGAUGAACAGAGCAGGUCACACUGGGCUUCAGCCUUCACAGAGUUGUGGGAGACCUUGACCUCAAGCUGUUCGCAGUAAACGGUCUAUUACAGUGGUCACCAACCGGUCGAUCACGACCAACUGGUCGAUCUUUAAGGCAAUCCUAGUCCGUCACCAAAUAUUUCUGUAGAACAGCCAACGAUAAAGGCUUGUGCUCCGUUUGUUUUCGUGUUGCGCUGUUGGUGCACUAGAUUCAGAAGCCAUGUGCGUCGGGUAGGCAAAGUGAUAGGCCUGCAUUUUUAUCUUAAUAAAAAUCUUAAUAAGAAUAAUAAGAAUCUUACUCUCACAAAUGUGUUGUGUCAAAGGACACCUUGAUAGUUCAUCAGAUUGACUUCAUAGCCGUCAUUGGAAAGGUGAUCAACCUGGCGGCGUUUGUGGAAGGAAGAACUGCCAGGUUGAAGAUCACUGGAGCCGCAACGUUUUUUAGGAGUAACAGAUGUUAAUGUCGCCAUGAUUGUUGAUAUGUUGACUCCUAAUAAUACUAAUGAUGUAAUGUCUCAGUGUGAUGGUAAUUCGAGUUAUUGUCAUCCUUUAGUGGAAUUCCAGAAGCCUUAUUGGUAACGGUCAGGAUUUUAAGGAAUAUGUCAUUGAUUUAGAGAUCAAACCUGAUGUGAUAUGUGUUCAAGAAACAUGGGUUAGACCACAUCUUGUUUUUAUUAUUCCAGGUUAUUGUUCAAUCAGAUCUGACAGAUCAAUUGGACAGGGUGGUGGCUGUGCUAUGUUCAUAAGGGAAUGUCUUGUAUAUCCUAAUACACCUGUCCCAUAUGAAUGUGUGAUGGUGAAAAUCUACAGUGCAAGUAGUACUAUUAAUAAAAAAUAAAAAAAGUACAACACUUGUCAUCAA